AUGGCUGCUUUCGCCAGGAUGGUCAAGGGCCAGGUGCGCAAUUAUUCCGCACCCGUGGACAUGGCCAUUCCUGCCUCCAAGCGGAAGUUCAUUCCCUCGUCCGGGUCAUACCCUAAAGGCUUCGUCGUCUCCGGGACACAUGUUGGUGUCAAAGCCUCGAAUACCAAGUUCCCCGAUCUCGCUUUGAUCUCAUCCGAAACCCCAUGCUCGGCCGCGGCUGUUUUCACCACGAACAGGUUCCAAGCUGCUCCGGUUCAAGUGAGCAAGGAUAUCAUCAAGACCCGACAGGGUCAAGGCAUCCGGUCCGUGGUGAUCAACUCGGGUUGCGCCAAUGCUGUCACCGGCAAAGGAGGUCUGGAGGAUGCAGUGAGCAUGGGCAAGAAGGUAGACGAAUGCAAUGGUCUCAAUGAGCCCAGUACCCUCGUCAUGAGUACCGGUGUCAUCGGCCAGCGCCUCCCAAUUUCGAAAAUCCUCGACAAGGUCCCAACAGCCCACUCAACCCUCUCCUCCACGCAUGACGCCUGGCUCACCACCGCCCGCGCAAUCUGCACAACAGACACCUUCCCCAAGCUCCUCUCGCGGACAUUCACGCUCCCCUCCUCCCCAGGCCGCACCUACUCCCUUGCCGGCAUGACCAAGGGAGCCGGCAUGAUCCACCCGAACAUGGCCACCCUACUAGGCGUGCUCUGCACGGAUGCCCCGAUCGAACCACCCGCCCUCCAGUCCCUCCUCAAGUACUCCGUUUCCCGGUCAUUCAACUCCAUCUCCAUCGACGGCGACACGAGCACAAACGACACGAUCGCCCUCCUCGCCAACGGCGCCGCAGGCGGAGCCCCCAUCAACUCCUCGUCGGACGACUACGCCGCAAUGCAAGAAAUCCUCACCACAUUCGCACAGUCGCUGUCUCAGCUAGUCGUGCGCGACGGCGAAGGAGCCACGAAAUUCGUUACCGUUCGUGUCCAAAACUCUCCCGAUUACGAAUCUGCUCGGUUGAUCGCUUCGACGAUUGCCCGCUCCCCGCUCGUCAAGACCGCCUUGUACGGCAAGGAUGCUAACUGGGGUCGUAUUCUCUGCGCGAUCGGUUAUACGCAGGGUGUUGCGCCCGGUACUGUUGUUCCUGAGCGGACGAGCGUGAGUUUCAAGCCUGUGGAUGGUAGCCCUGUGCUGAAAUUGCUGGUGAAUGGUGAGCCGGAGCAGGUUGAUGAGGAGCGCGCUAGUAUUAUUCUCCAGGAGGAAGAUCUGGAGAUUGUUGUUGACCUUGGUGGUGGUGAGAAAGGUGAGCAGGGUCUUGGUGGUGAGGAGGCUGUUUACUGGUUCUGUGAUUUUAGCCAUGAGUAUGUCACUAUCAACGGUGACUACAGGACUUAG